AUGUCCCUUGUCGCCAUGAUGCGGCUUCUUUGCCUCGCCAUUUUUGCCAUCAGUGAAGCCUCUUUACUUCAAGUGGAUGGAAGUGGAACAACGAAUCCAUCGAAGUAUUUCUGGAAGAUCAUGGAGACAAUGGAGGCGCGGCUGUUGAAGGACGUGCGCUUGACCUAUCGCGCAGUGGGCAGCAGCACGGGUCAGAGGGAAUUUACGCAGCAAACGUCCGGUGACUUCACUGCUGGGCUGACCGACUUUGCUGCUGGCGAUAUCCCAAUGGACCCAAGUCGCUAUUCAAGCCUCACUACUGCUGGGCGAUCCAUGGUGCACGUGCCCUUCUGCUUGGGAGCCAUCGGAGUGUUUCACUCCGUGCCAGCCGGUGAGGUUGGAGAUGCCAAGGGCUUGAAGCUUUCUCCGUGUGUCUUGGCAAAGAUCAUGAAGGGCGAGAUCACGACUUGGGACCACCAGGACAUCAAGGCGGAAAACCCGAAUCUCAAUGUUCCUGCCGGCACAACAAUCAAGGUGGGUCAUCGAACCGAAGGAUCCAGCAGCACUACUGGCUUCACAGGAUACCUGAACUCCAAAUGCCCAGCUGAUUGGAGCCUGGGCUCUGGUAGCACCGUGAGCUGGCCCACCAGCUCGGGAUUCACACCGGUUCAAGGUUCCGGUGGAAUGGCGUCCUUCAUUGCUGGUACUCCUUAUGCCAUUGGCUACUUGGAUGCUGGCCACGGUCAUCAGCAGGAUUUCCAGGAAGUGAACCUGAAGAACGAGGCAGAUACGUGGCUCAAUUCCAAGGAUGCCUUGAUGGCCACUGACGCCAACGGCAACAACGGUGUCGCUGCAGCAGGCAAAGCCGCAGCGGAGGCCGCUCCCUUCCCAGCUGCAACUGAUGACUGGAGCAGCGUGAACCUCUACGGCAAAGCCGGGACCAACACCUGGCCGAUUGUGCUGGUCUCCUAUUUGUACCUGCACAAGGACUGGAGUUCCUUUUCGGCUGAGAAGGCCGCUGUGUUGAAGGCCUUUGUCGACUUUGUCCUUGGAUCCGAGGGCCAGGGCAUGCUGUCGGAUUUCUCCUUCGUCGUGGUCCCAGCAGCCAUGAACACCUGGCAGAGCGUUUGGGACAACACCAUCACGAAGCCGACUGGCUUCGUUCCGCUGACCUUUGAGAGCAACACCGAGAAGUGGGUUGGCCAAGGCGCCAAUGUGGUGAGCUCAAAGAGAAACUCAUACUCCUUGUGGAAACUGGGUGACCUUGAGAGUUCGAUCAACUCGAUGAAGGAGCGCUUGGACUCCAUGCAAACUCAUUUGGAUGGAUAUGGCAUUGUCCCCCUGCAUGGCAGUGGCACCACCAACACCAAGAAUUGGUUUGCAAAGGCCAUGAAGCUGAUGGAGGAACGAGCUCGUGUCCCUUUGUUCCUCACUUACCGUGCUGUUGGCAGUGGCACUGGCCAGAAGGAGUUCGUUGGUGACAGCAACAGCGGGUACAAGAGCUACAGCCACUUCGGCGCUGGUGACAUUCCCAUGUCCGGCACCCAUUUCCAGACCAUGACUUCGCAAACUCCCCUUGAAUCGAUGGUGCACAUUCCCUUGGCCUUGGGAGCCAUUGGUGUGUUCCACUCCGUUCCUGAUGGUGAGAUUGGAGGGAGCCUGAAGUUGGAUGCCUGUCUGCUGGCCAAGAUCUUCAGUGGCCAAGUGGAGACUUGGGAUCACGCAGACAUCAAGGCGCAGAACCCAAGCCUCAACGUUCCUGCAGGCCAGCCUAUCCAUGUGUUCCACCGUAGGUUGGGCUCCAGCAGCACCGGUGGAACCACAGGCUACCUCCUGAAGAAGUGCCCAGAACAUUGGAGUUUGGGAGCUGGAUCUUCAAUCAGCUGGCCAGCCAAGAGCACCUUCAAGGCUGUGGAGGGAUCUCCAGGCAUGCAGAGUGCCCUGAAGGACAACCAGUACGGCAUCGGCUACCUGGAUGCCGGCCAUGGCCACGACUUCGGAUUGUCCGAAGUGGCCCUCACGAACCUUGCAGGACAGACCAGGACAUCCAAGGAAUCCAUUGCACUCGGUGGCGUGGCAGAAGCUGGCACUGCUGCAGCCAACGGCAAUGUCUUCCCCACUGACGUCUCGGCUGAUUGGUCUAGUGUGAACCUGUACGACAUGCCGGGCGACAGCACUUGGCCGAUCAUCCUGGUGAGCUACAUGUACGUGAAGAAGGAUCAGACUCAGACCAAUCCAAAGACGGCAGCAGCUCUCCAGGCCUUCAUCAGCAUGGUGGUGAACGAUCCUGACGCGUUGGCGAUGGAGUUCGGCUUCACGCCUCCAAGUACCACAUUGAAGGCUUUGUCUCUGCGGGCAGCAGGAGAGAUCUCCUACCCCAGCACCAUGCAAGCCUUUAUCUUCGAGAGCAGCACCAACGCCUAUGGUGGCAUGGCAACCAAUGUGAUCAGCUUGAAGCGCCACUCCUACGACAUCUACGACAGCAGCGUGACGCAGGACGCUGUAACCAAACUCAGGGAGAGCUUGAGCAGCCUGACCAGCGGGGAUGACCACGACGACCAUGGUCACGAUCGUGACCAUGAAAUGUCAGAGUAUAACGACACCUUGCCAGUGGUCUUGUCCGUUGUGGCGCUUGUGAUCUCCUUGUUGUCGGGCUGCAUGGGAUGCCUCGCGUUCCGAGCUGCCUCCAAGUCGCGCGCCCUGAACGACGGAAGCAGCCCUUACGCCGGCCGUACGUUAGACAUGCAGGUGGUGUCCGUGGAAUCCGUGGAUCUAAUCUGGCAACCUGGUACUGAUUUGGAUGUGGCUGCGCAGGAGGUGGCACGGCGCAGUAGCUGGUUCCAUACGCCACCAGCUGUGGUGCCCAAGGACGUGCCCAUCAUUGAGGUGCAAGAUCGCAUUGCUCAGCGUGUCAUUACGAGAUGCCCCUCGCGCCCCCGAACCGCUCAGCCGGCUUUGGUGGUGAUGGCACAGGCAGUGCGUCCGCACACUGCCAAUGUACAGGCGACAAGCAGUCGGCAAGGGGAAGGCUCCCCAAUCUGUGAAGAUCGCUGUGAGGAUGGUCUGCAGGAGCAUCCGGAGAUUGGAGCAUUGGAAACCGUGCAGGAUCUGCCCACUGUGGAGAUGCAGGUCGAAGGCGGAGACGACCUGGGCACGGAAGACAUGGAGGACAUUUGCUGCUCUUGGCAUGUGUCGUGA